AUGGCAACUAAUAAGGAAAGAAGAAAACUGAAAAAACUGAGAAAGAAUAUCAAUGAGGCGAUGUUACUUUCUGGUGAUGAUCCUACAGCAGUGGAUUUGACUUCACUGACGUUUCUUGGGCAUUCAUUUGAUGAUAAGGAUAUUUCCUUGAAAUUGCAUGAGAAACUGCGGACCAUGCGACGUUUAAAAGAUCCGCCAAAAAUCAGUCUUAAUUUAAAUAGGCUGAACGGUAUGAGGCUUGGAAGUCAGAAUAUUGCCGACUUGGUGCAUUACGUUUCAUUCCACAAUGUUGAUAAACCUCUCUGGAUAUCACUAAGGCCAAAUCGUGGAAUAUUACAAGCAGUCAUUUUUCGAAUUGAUUGUGAUCUCGAAACCGUGACGGAAGUUUGGAACAGUAUGGAAUUUUGGACGAGAAUGCUUAAUGUUCAGCUUUCAAAGUUUGAACGUUUAAAGAGAAUUGUCAGUCAUGCUAAUGUUCUAGAAGAACAUAUUCAGUGUAAUGUGAAAGGUGCAGUACUAGUUACUUUACGACAAAUGAUAGAUUUUUGUUAUCCUUUUCCCAAAAUGAAUUUCAUCGAAAUCUUGUCACCUGUUAUACCAACAAAAGAAAGGUAUGGUAAAAUAAAAGUUGAUUCACCAUUCUUUGCAAUUGAUUGUGAAAUGUGUACCACAGAGACCGGGGAAAGUGAGCUGACCAGGAUAUCGAUUGUCAACGAGUGUUAUGAAGUUUUGUUGGACACACUUGUGAAACCACGCAAUAGGAUAACCGAUUAUGUUACGAAGUACAGCGGUAUUACUGAAGAGAUGCUUCAAAAUGUAAAUGUACGAGUUGAGGAUGUACAAAGAGCUUUAUCACAUAUUUUGCCGAAUGAUGCAAUUUUAGUUGGGCAUACUCUUGAAUGCGAUUUCAAUGCAAUGCAUAUCACACAUCCAUAUUGUGUCGAUAUCUCUCUUUGUUUAAAUUUAUCUGGUAAAGACCGGCAGCGAUCAUCUCUAAAGACAUUGGCGAGAAUAUUUUUGGAUGAAGAAAUUCAAGGAGAAAAUGGACAUUGUUCUGUAGAUGACGCUGUUAUUACUAUGCGAUUACUGAAAUACAAACUUGAUCACGGAGUUCGUUUUGGGAAUGUUUCUUUGGGAUGGAGUUUUGAUGACUGGGCUCGCGAAAAUGGCUUAACCAGUUCUGGAGCGCGCAUAGAUAAAAGCAAAAAUUUAUGUUCGGAAACUAGUGCUAAUCAAGAACCGCAACGAAAGAAACGAUGCAUGGAUGUUAAAAAUGUAGUACGGACUUGUGAUAGAUGUAGUAGACCACUAUCUGUUGCUUGCAUUGUGCCAUAUUGUGCAUGCAAGAAAAAUCUUGCAAAAUAUUGCGUAAUAUGCUGCUUAAAUUCUGUGCCGCCUCAAAUAUCAAGCGAAGAACCAGCCUUGAAUUGGAGUGAUGCAUUUCAAACUUGUGUCGGUGCAUGCGAACCUAUUUUGCAUUUCUUACAACUUGACAAAGGCAAAAGCGCUUUUUGUGCUAUUCCUGGAAACAUCAAAGACAACAAUGAACAUGAAAUAUAUGUGAACACCAAUGAUUACGAUUCGCUGGAUGAAUUGGUGAAGCGUGUCAGUCAAGAAAUAAUUUCACAUGAUGUUGUGAUGGUGGAUGUUGAUACACGAAGGUUGAAAAUGAAAGUAGAUGAGAAACCUGUCUCGAUAACAGAACUAGAAAGCAAAUUGGGAAAGAAAAUACGUUCACUUUUUCACAGGGACGUGCAACCGAAUAAUCUCAGUUAUCCGAAUAAAUAUAUGAGACCUGAUUUUGAUCCCCAGGCAGACAUCAAGGAUAUUGUCACAGAAAUGCCUGGUUUUUUAUGGAAUAAUUCUGUGCAAAUAAUUAAAGAAAUGAAAGAUAAUUUUGGAAUCUACAAACCAAAUAUCCUUGAAGAUUUGGGCAAUCUUCGACAGGGCCAGUUCCGAAAAGAUAUCUCAUUCAAAACACCGGAGUCAUUUAAAUUUUGGCGAUGUGGCGCUGAUUCAGAUAGUAAUGAAGGAUUUUCAAAAUGUGAAUUUAUAUCUACCGACCGAAAAACAGCUUUAUUCAGAGGUACAUUAAGCACAAAGCUAAUAAAGGAUGGACGAAUUGAACGAGCAGGAUGGGCAGCUAUUAAACUCGAAGAAAGAGGACCCUUUAUGAAAAAAAGAUAUUUCAGUAAAUGGUCCAAUUAUUCUCAUUUCCUUAUAAAGUGUCGCGGUGAUGGGCGUACCUAUAAAAUUUCAUUGAAUUCACCACUUUUGUUUGAUAUUACCUGGGGUGAUGCUCAUAGUUAUUACUUGCAUACUCAUGGAGGGCCCUACUGGCAAUACGAAGCAAUUCCCUUCUCGAAGUUUAUCCAUACUGUACGCAAUCGAAUAAUGGAUAAGCAAUAUCCAAUAAAGAAUAAUAAUGUCAGCUCAUUACUGAUAAUGUUGAUGGAUAGAAUUGAUGGCGAUUUCUCGCUUGAAAUUGAUUACAUUGGUGUAGUGCACGACAGGAGUCAUCUAGAGGAACAUUCUUAUGAAGCUUAUCAAUUGCCAAUAUUGUUCACUGAGGGCACAUAG